AUGCCUCGGGUAAAGCAACAAAAGAGGCGAGAAAGCAGCCUCCGACGGGGCAUCGACGCUGAGUCACCCACUGCGGCAAGCGAUGAUCCCUUUGCCUUCUGCAGUGAUUCGGAGAGCGAUCACGAGCCCGCUCUUGUGGCGACCUCACCGUCCCGAAAGCGAACGCACAUCCGAAAAGAACCUGAAAGGCAUGCGGCCCAUAAGAGGGUAGAUGUUUACUACGGCAGUCGUGCCGACCUGACGUCCGCGGCGGACUCGGACAGGCAAGCUACUGCGAAACGCAAGCAGCGACCCACAUCCGCCGCCCCUGAAACGAUACAAGAAGGCCACAAGCACGGUACCGCUCGAAGCGGGCGCUCGACGGCAGAGCAUACAUCGAAAACGCAAGUCGCAACAGGCGCGGAAUGCUCCCAGGCGGAAGCACAGGUAUCACCACGAACACGCGAGACACGUCUUAACGUUCGGAAGCGAGGUAAUGCGGCAAAGUCAUCGACACGUGCACAAGUGCCCGAAGAAGAGCUUGAACAAUUUUUCAGGGGCGCAUCGAGCACAUACGGUAGAUCUACUGUUCCCGCCGCUGCAACAGCAGAAGCAGCAGUAGUGCGGGUAGCUUCGCGCGCACAGCGCGACAGCAGCGAGUCGCCCUCGAAGCGACUUUCACCGGAGUCGAUACCCCAGUGCUCCCGAACGGCCAGCACACGCACGUUACCGCCCGCACUGAACACGUUCACCGGGCCCGAGAGCCAACGAGCGCUUACUGCUGCCUCAAGCAGCGACGAUGAGAGCGACGUUCAUGACGAGAAAGCGCACAGCGAGGCGAGCGCGCUGCCCGCGGCUCUCGGACGCUGCUCUACUGCAGAGACUCUGACUGGCCCGGAUCAGGUCGCGGACACAGCAGGGAAGGUAUCGCCAGCUCCUGCGCUACGUGUUGCCACUGGAUUGGUCACAUCCAGUGGUCCAUCCAGAGCAGCAGGCAGUGCUCUACAUGGAAGCGCUGCGCUAUCGCAACCUGGCCCCGCGGAUGCCGCGACGGCGACGACAGCAAUGCGGCCGCGACUACAUCGCGAUAAGCGCCAUAUUCAACUGGACCCUGCUGCAACAGUGACCGAAUCGUGUCACUCCGGGCAAGAGACAGCGGGCUGGCGUCGAGGUCAACUCCUGCGUCUCCGACUGCACCAUUUUCUCGCGUUCGAUGAAAUGGAGAUUAGGCCUGGGAGGACCCUAAAUCUCGUGGUGGGCCCCAAUGGCAGCGGCAAGUCUUCGAUUGUAGCAGGAAUAUGCAUCGGACUUGGAGGCAAGCUGGAGCUCUUGUCGAGAGCACCAGUGCUCAGCUCCUACAUCAAGCACGGCUGCGAACGAGCGCGCAUUGACGUAGAACUCUUCGACCCGGAUGCCAGUGGCACGCGACGGCGCAUAUCACGCUCCUUUAGUCGCGAUGGUCGUGGCGGAUUCACCCUCGACGGGGAGUCGGUCUCGAAACGCACCAUUGAGGAGCUCUGUGCGCACUACGAUAUCCAGCUAGACAAUAUCUGCACGUUUCUGCCACAGGAGCGCGUGCCGGAGCUGGUCGAGUGCACACCCACGGAGCUUUUGCGGCAAACGAUUCGAGCAGUGUUCGGCAGUGCAGCGCUCGAGGCAUUCGAGGCGCUUGCUGAGCAGCAAGCGAAUGGUGCAGCCUGGGCUAGUCGUCUUGCCGCGCAUGAAGCUCGACUUGCAGACUGGAUUCGCCAAAAUGAGGCGCUCGAGGCACAGCUUCGCUUUUACGAGGAGCGACAGGCGCUUCUGCAAGAGAUCGAACAGAUGCGCCUCUACCGACCGUACUGCAUCUAUGAGAUCUGCCGACAAGAGGCAAUUGCGGCAAGGGACGCGUUCAAAACCGUAGAUCGUGUGUACCGGGCCAAAUGUGCAGACUGGGAGCGUCUCUGUGCGCCUCUGCGGGCCAUGCAGCAGGAGUGGCUGCAACUGCAACACGAGCGUGAUGCCCAGAAACAAGUUCUGAGUGACCUAUCGGUUGCAGCUCGGCAACAGCAGGCCGAUAUGAACGAGGCGCUAGCGCGUUUCGAUGAGGCCAAUGAUGCGCUCGCACGCCUUGCCCAGGACCUUGCCGAGCGCAAGCGCAACUAUGAAGGAUGCCAGCACAAGGUCGAGCGGUUGGAAACGGAGCUUGCAGCGCUCAUGCAACGUACUGGGACAGAAGCGGAACUCGAGAAGCGCAUCGAAGAAAAGCGACGGGAGCGACAGCAAAUCGCCGAACGCUUGCUCUCGGUAAGUGAUGCAAUGCGCAACCUGGAACAGCAGCAUCUGGCUCCGUUGCAAAGUCAGUUCCAAGAGCUUCAGAACCAACGCGAUCGCCUGCGUAACAUUCGGCAGCAGAGACUCGCGCUGAUACAGCGUCGGAAUCCGCACAGUCAAGUUAUCGAGUGUUACCAGUUUAUAACUGCACAACGAGAAGCUGGACGCUUUCGAGGUCAAGUCUGGGGUCCGUUGCCGCUGGAAGUUCGCACCAGCGACGCUUUCUAUAGCGAUGUGCUGGAAACGGUACUAGGGGGCUGGCUGGAAGUGGUGUUCGUUUUCGAGCAUCCCGAGGAUGAACGAAUCGUGUUUCAAGAGUCCCAGCGAAACCACUGGCGCGUCAAUACGAUAGCGUUGGUGCGUCCCGAUGUUUCGUUAGCUCCACCGGCCCCGGUGGCGAGCGUGGAGCCCCUUGGCGUACGUGCCUUUCUCAGCGAUUGUUUCGAAGCACCGGAAAACUUGAAAAAAGCACUCGCCGACGCUGUACCAAUUCAUUUGAUUGCAGUCGCUGAUGCCGAGGCUGGUCGACAUGUUCGCGAGCUCGCGCUCAAGCAUCGCGUGUAUGCGGUCUUCACGCCGCAGAACGGCUACCGGAGUCGUCUAUCGCGCUACAACGCGGAAUCAGUUUCGAUUCGGGUAGAGGCGCUCCAACGGCGACGAGCUGGCCUCUACGCGAUGCCUGAUGAACGACAAGUGGCGCAGCUGGACGACCAACUCGCACAAUUAGAUGCCCAGCGGGCACAUUGGCGAGCCCAAGCCGCCGCUCUAGCCGAGCAAGAGAAAGCGCUACGCAUUCAGGAGCGAAGUCUACAGCAGGAGCUCGCCUCCCUGCUCGAGGAUCGGAAACAACUCCGCCACGCGCAACAACGACUGACCAUGCAGCGCUCACUCAUGGAGACAAUUGCGCGCGACUUGCAGAACACAGCAAAGGACGACGAGAAACGAAAACGGUGGCAGCGAGCUGCCUCGGAAGCAGCGCACCAUUAUGCGCAACUGGUCAUUGCUGGUGCCGAGCAACUUGCACAGCAUCAGGCCGCCAUCGCUGCCCUCGUUGAGCGAACCUGGCUCAUGCUCGAUAAGCAACGGCUGCUGAGCGCAGGAGAGCGUUCACUUGCCACAGCUGCACUGGAAAUGCAGACCCUCCUACAACAACGUGACGAUGCACGUCAGCGCGUCGAUGAAGCCAAAAGCAGGAUGCGCCAGAAACGCCAGGAGGCCGAAGCCGUCGCACCGCUUACAGCAGCGCUGCAACAGCAGCUCCGUGCGUGGCAGUUCCCGACCAGCGUCGAGGAGCUCGAUGAACGCAUCGCUCGGGCACAGGCUCGGGCCGAUGCCCUCACCAGCGUUUCAGCGGAAGUCGUCCAGGUGUAUGAGCGACGGCAGCAACAGAUCGAAGCGCUUCGCCAGCAACUAGAACGAGAACGUGCGCAGCAUGCCACUGCGCUUCGUGAGCUCCACCAGGAAUCCCAGCGAUGGCUACGUGAUCUCCGUACCCUGGUUCGUUCCAUAUCGCUUGCUUUCAGCCGGCUUUUGCAGCAACUGCACUGUGCGGGACAAGUGGACCUGCUUGAGGACGAGGAGCUUCGGCGCCUCGCGUUGCGGAUUCAGGUCCAGUUUCGGGCGAAUGAACCGCUUCGAACGCUCUCCGCACAGCAUCAUUCGGGCGGGGAGAAAAUGGUCGCCACCAUGCUGUUCUUGUUGGCCAUGCAGCGUCAUGCACGUCCUCCGAUACGCGUGAUCGAUGAAAUCAACCAAGGGAUGGACCCUCACAAUGAACGGGCGAUCAUCCAGAUGAUGAUGGAAGAGGCACAAGUCUCGGACGACGCCUCGUCUCAGUUUCCGCAGACGCUGCUCGUUUCUCCCAAGUUGCUGCUGGAUUUGAAGUAUAACCAGCAGCUGGUGAUGCAUUGUGUAUGGAACGGUCCGCAUAUGCGGUUGCAGGCCGAUGGUGAUAGCUCCGAGUCCACGUCAGCGUAG